AUGGCAAGAAACAUCGGAUCAGCAAAAUGUCCCCUGAGUGGUCGAACGUUCAGAGAUCCUGUUAUAGCUGCAGAUGGUCAUACUUACGAACGAGAAAAUAUUACACAAUGGUUACAAGAGAACGAAACUAGUCCAUUGACGAACGAAUCAAUGGAUAUUUCUACAUUACGGCCUAAUCAUACUGUAAAGAGAAUGGUCGGCGAAUUUACAGAUACAUCUUACACACUGCAUGGUCAGCAUAGAUUUGAACUCAAUGUUGACAUAAAGAAAAGUAGACCGAAACCUUUAUUUCAAGGAUUUGGCAAAUGUAUAUAUGAAGUCGAAUGGAUAAAUAUUGACGGGCCACCGAUUGUACUAUUAAGAAUCGAUGGCGCUAAAGCAAGUCGUGAAGCUUCGUUUUAUGUUCAACUAAGUUGUCAUCCACAUAUUGUACGCACCUUCGGACUUGUUGACAGCAAUCCGGACACAGCUAUGCUCUUACAAGAAAAUGCUCCUGAUGGAGAUUUAUUUGAGUUAUUGCGAGACGGGCAGUUUCGGCCGAGUACGGCAGUCUUUUUAGAGAUUUUCCUACAAAUUACAGAUGCCAUGAUCUGCCUUGCAGAUAAUAACAUUGUACAUGGUGAUCUAGCUUGUCGGAAUAUACUUGUAUUCAGGUGGAAUUCGUCAGAGCCGAAAGAAAAUCUCGUCAAAUUGACUGAUUUUGGACUAACUCGAGCAAGUCAUAUUUUCUCUGUCGUUGAGAUUGCAACGGCGUCAACCAUGAAUAUCAUUCCGAUUCGUUAUGCAGCACCCGAAAUUCUUAGAGAUCCAGACAGAUUAGCAUAUUCUGAAAAAUCCGAUAUAUAUUCUAUGGGUAUACUUAUGUGGGAAGCUUGUUCGUACGGUACACAACCUUAUCUAUUGGUGCGCAAUGAGAAUGACAUUCGAAGACGGAAGCUGAAUGAUGAACGACUUCCACAACCGGAAUCGUGUGACGAUGAACUUUGGACUAUCAUUAACGAAUGCUGGAGUCUAGAACCACAGGAUCGACCAGAUUUUCGAUCUUUAAAAGAAUCUCUACUAACUUUGAAGUAUGAAUGGACUAAUCGAUCGAGGCGAUUCAAUGAUUCGAUUAUUAGUUCGCGAAGAUCAUCAGUGGUCUCCAUUGGAUCUGAAUUGAAUCGUUCGACACCAAUAGCAUCACCGAGAGUUUCCAGGAACUUUUGCCGAGAAAACGAAGCGAAAUCCAGACUUGUCUGUGCUUGUGGAAGAGAAUUUGAUGAUCGAAGAGUUUUUGAAAGUCAUCGAUUCGCGUGCACAAGACGAACUGAAGAACGUACUUCUCGAGAUGACCUAGAUGAUCAUCAAGAAAAUGGCUACGCUGAUCCACCUCGAGUGUCACAACAACGCCAACAGUCUAGGCAAGUUUUCCGUUCAACGUCUGAAGUCAAUAUUUCGCAUAUCGACAAUAAAAACGAUAGUAACAGUACCAAUCCUCGAAGAUCGUCUAUCAAAAGUCCAGGAUCGAAAAUUUCUCGAAGCGACUCGCCGUCAGUAAGAUUUGAAUGUCACCGUUGCGGCGAACAACUUAGGGUUGCAGACUAUCAAAACCACCAAAACAAUUGUAUUCAGAAUCGAAGUAACCGUGAUCGAACGCAAAAGUUACCGGGCCAUCAAAACAACAACACUGGGCACAGUGCGUAUGAAUACGUUGAUAAAUCUUCUCGGUCAUACGACGAAGAAGGACGUUCCACUUUACAUACUUUAAAAAAUAACCGUAAGUUAGCAAGGCGUGCAAAUUGUCGCUCACAUAUUGAAAACACGCGUGGCGAUGAUGAACAGUCAAGUACAAAUAAUGAGCCUAAUAGGUCUCAAGAAAGCCAUCCGGAGCAGAGCUUCUCGAAACUUACCGCGAUGAGAUUUGCCCAAAGCCAGCGACGCCGCCAAGAUCCAAAUUCUAUUCUUCCGACAUACAACAGACGAGCUCGUGUGCCAUCGACUAUUCAAAGCAGUACUUCGCCUACAACAUCUCGGCGUGAUCUAGGAUCCGCCCAUAAUUCCGACGCAUACCAAAGUACCAUUUCGCUCAGUACUACACGCGACAGUCAGGAAUCUUUGUCAUGUUCGAGAAGCACUAGUUUGUAUACGGAAUAUUUUACGAAUUGUUCUACUAAUAAAUCUGCAUACGAUCGCAAAUCUCGAAGAACGCAUCCAACACGACCAUUCGUUCCAGACAUUUAUACGCUAUCUACCACUGCAAACAGAAGUGACAGAUCAAAGAGCGCACCACCUGUCCGACCACGAACGAAUAUACCAUCAAAAUCCAACUCAAGACGAGCAGAUAAAAUUCAGCUACGUCCAUUGUCGGUAUCAUGCACCGAUGAUGUCGAAUACGAUCUCGCGGCCGACAUUGCCCGUAGCUACGAACGAUUUCCACCCAUUCGUCGACAAUGA